GGGGGGCUAAAUUUAGCUCCGGGGGCCCCUUUUGGAGUCGCGCAGCUGCCGUCCCGACGGGGCGAUCGCCUGGCUUCUUCUGCCCCCGGCAGCCUCGACGCCCCCCCCUUGUUCUCUCCCCUUUCUCCUUGCCCCCAGCCUCGGGGGUGGGGGGCAGUCUGCGAUGGGAGGCCGACCCCCUGCCCUCGCCUAGCGGGUCCCCAACGACCGACCUCACAGAGGCCGGCCUGCGACACAGCCAGCCAGCCUGGCCCUCCGGCGCCCCAGCUUGGGGGCCCCAGCCCGGCGUCUCCGCCAAGCCACCAGCUCCUUUCCAUCACUGGACAGCUCAGGAUGAAAAUCACACUCAAGAGACCAAGGAAGAUGAGCCUGCUGGACAUCACCAAGAUUUUCUCCCUGCUGCAACCCAGGGAAGAUGAAGAAGGCGAGGGGGAAAGGCAAGAGCUGAACCUCGCGGUGUCUCAGGAUGAUUACCAGCUCCUGGACCAACUCCUGCAGCAGGACAGGUACAAGCGGUUCAUCGACAGCCGGAGCGGCUGGGGCGUGCCCGGGACUCCCCUGCGCCUGGCCGCCUCCAAAGGCCACGUGAGGUGCGUGGAGGUUCUCCUGGCCCACGGAGCAGAGGUCGACAGCCUGGACGUGAAGGCUCAGACGCCGCUCUUCACGGCCGUCAACAACGGCCACCUGGACUGCGUCAAGGUCCUCCUGGAAGCCGGGGCGGAUCCUUCCGGCAGCAUCCACAACAACUGCACGCCGCUGCUGACGGCCGCUAGAGAGGGGGACGUGGACAUCCUGAAGGAACUCUUGGCCCACGGGGCAGAGGUCAACGUCAAGGCCCGGCUGCCCGAGUGGGCCGCCAACUCCGUGGCCUGCUCGGGCCCGUUGUACCUGUCCGCCGUCUACGGCCACCUGGAGUGUUUCAAGCUCCUCCUCCUCUAUGGGGCGGACCCCAACUACAACUGCAACGAUGAGAAAAUGGUCGCCCGGAUCAAAGCUCCAAAGACUCUUCUAGAAAUCUGCUUGAGGCACGGCUGUGGAGCCGAAUUCGUCCAGCUCCUCCUCGAUUUUGGCGCCAACGUCUACUUACCAGGCAUUGCCUUCGACGUGAUCUCUGCAAACUCCAAGGCGCAAGAUCUGUUAGCCAGAGAGCGAGCGGUCCCCAAACCUUUGAUGUCUCAGUGCAGGCUGGCCAUCAGGAAGUUCUUAAAACGGGCGAACCGGCCGCACGCGGUGGAUCAACUGGAAAUCCCGCUGGUGCUGCUGAACUACCUCAAACACCAACCGUAACCAAAGAGCCGAGUGGGAACGGCCCGGCGUGAUCAAGGAUGGUAACUGGAUAAGAAAAGAAGAAAUGAAAACAUCUAAGAAUUGGAA